AUGGAACAAGGAACCAAAAUGGCGGCUCAGAACUUCACCUCCGUCACUGAGUUUGUAUUGCUGGGACUCUCCAACCACCACAAGGUACAGGUUCUUCUCUUUGUGCUCAUCCUCAUUACUUACUUGCUCACUCUGGUGGGGAACGGAGCGGUCAUCCUUCUGGUGUGGGUGGACUCCCGCCUCCACACCCCCAUGUACUUCUUCCUCGCUCAGCUGGCGGGCAUGGAGAUGUGUUACGUCACCAACUCGUUGCCUCAGACGCUGUUUAACCUUCUGUCUGGAAACAGAACCAUCUCCUUCAGAGGAUGUGCAGUCCAGAUGCAUUUGAUUUUGACCCUGGGCGGCACUGAGUGCGUUCUGCUGAGCGCCAUGGCCUAUGACCGCUACUUGGCCAUCUGCCACCCCUUGACGUACGCAGCUGCCAUGGACAGGUGGCGCCGACUGCUGCUCGCUUCCUUCUGCUGGGGAGUAGGUAUCCUCCUGGCAACCAUAAACGUGAGCUGCGCCUUCCGCCAUCCCUACUACGGCCCCAACCGCGUCAACCACUUUGUCUGCGAGUUGCCGGUAGUGCUGAAGCUCGCACACGGUGACACGCAUCUUACGGAAAGGGUUGUUUUGGGCACAGCCGCGCUGAUCCUUCUGGGUCCAUUAUCAAUUAUUCUGACCUCUUAUGGACUCAUUCUGUCGUCAGUGUUACACAUGAAGUCAAGAGCGGGGCGGAGCAAGGCCUUCUCCACGUGCGCCUCCCAUCUCGUAGUGGUUACGGUGUUCUAUGGUACAGUCAUCACCAUGUACAUGCGACCAGGGUUGGGAUCGGGUUCUGACUUUGACAAGAGAAUCGCAGUCUUUUACCUUAUGAUCACCCCCCUUCUUAACCCUAUCAUUUACACCCUGAGAAAUAAAGAUGUCCACGCAGCCGUAAUCAGAGUGCUCCGAAGAAAAGACUCUGAACAAAAAGGUUGA